AUGUUCCACUUCGUAGGACGAGGAGAGCGACAGGAAAGUUGCAGACUGCUGCUUUUUGACAGAAAGCUGAAAUUGCAGAAUUGUUCGACUGGCGAGCUUCUCGAGCUUCCGGAUGGUGCCGAAGUGAGCCCGGAAGAGUGUUCAGUCCUGCUGCCUCCUAAGGAGGACGAGCAGGAUGCAAGCACAGUUCCUCUGCAGGAUUUUUUUCAGAUGUCCCUGGGGACAGACGAGGACGGAGAAUGCAGUGUGCUCAAAGAAGGCAAGACCUUGACCUCCUGGGAAGCUUUGAAAGGUGCCAGAGACACCGUGGCCCUGGAGUUUCGGCUGCUGACAGAGAAACCCGUCAAGUGGCAGACAGAGUGCUACCUCUUUCACGUCCCCCUGUGCCAAGUUCCAGCGUCAUCCGUGAGAUUUCCCCUGCGACGGUUCAUUGAUGCUUUGGGUGGGGCCAAGAGAAAGAAUUUCAUCGGGGGCUCGAUCAAUACUUGGCGAAGUUUCGUUCAGAAGCAUUUCGUGCUUCGUGCCCCGGACGACGAAGAGCAGGAAGCAUGUCAGCACAUCAGCAAAUCUUCCUGGAGCGGCCUGAUGCGAUCUGCAAAGAAGAGAAAGCAGGGAGAGGAGCAAGAAGAGGCGGGGGAGCAGUACGAGGCUCACUGUUCCGUAUUCGCCUUGCUGGCCCUACUGAGCAGUUUCGCCGUCUCGCUUCGUUCCACCAGUUCCUGGAAUCUGCCUGACCAGAUCGUGAGCGACAAAGCAAGAAGCAUGCUAAAGGCACUCCUGUGGCAUUUUCUCGACAAGGAAUUUUCCAGGGAAGCGGAUGUAGAGGAAGACGGAGUCGAUUUCGUGGUGGAGUGGCGAAAGGUAGAGGGGCAGGUCAUGCUGAAUUGGCACAAACUCUGCGAGAGCGAACAGUGCUUGGUGAAGAUGUUUCCGAAAGAGGAGGAAGAGAUCGAGCUGACGAGAGCCCUGCUGCGACUGCGAGAGCAGGAGAGCAGCAACCGAGUAAGUGCUGGAAGACGACGUGGCUGCAAGGAGCUGCUGUCCUUCUUGUUCCUGGUGCUGUCCGAUUGCGUGGAAGCCAGUCUGAGAUCAAAGCUUUGGUGCGAGACAAGGGUCGAGCAGUUGGUGCAGCUGAGGACAGCAACCGAAGUUGUUUUGUGUACGUGUGUGCCCAGCUUUGUGUUUGAAUGUCCUGACCUAAAAACAAGGACAGCACGUGGCUACAGGCGAGUGUCUUGGGGUUUCCGAGAAGCCAUCGUUGACAAGACAAAAAAUGCGAACAUGCAAGGCACGAGCACCGUGGAAGCAGCUCAGGAAAUCAUGGUCGAGGGCCGAGCAGCAACACGAUCUCACAGAGGAGAUCGCUUUCUCAGGCCUGAGAGGUACAACUACCUCAAGGCCGGAGAAGAGUUGAUGAAGGACUGCUCUCUGGUCAGCCUCGCUGCCGAUGCUGUCAGUGUUGGCAGCGACCACAUUCUGAAUUGCUUCCUGUGGCACCCGCUGCAGAAGAAGGCGGUUCACUGCCCACCUCAGGUGCAGAAGCAGCUGAAGACAUAUGAUCUCUUCCAAGAGGACGGCGCCUUGUGGACAGGCAAGACAGCAGAAUUCAUGAAGAAACGGGAAGACGAGACUCGAGAAAACAAAGCUCGAAGGCUCCGUGUCAAAACAGAGUCAAAGGACCGACUCCCCACCUUCAUGUGGAUGCAGUGCGUGCAGGCUUCUUUGAGGUCAGUCGGCUUGAAGUUCCAGGACUUCGUGGAAGUGGCGACAUCGGAGAGAGCCGGAGGCUCCAUGCCAAGAACCCUCGUGGUGGCAACGGACCAAGAAGCAUUGCAGAUAACAGCCAUGAACUUCCUGAAACAUCAUCGAAAGCUGUGCAGUAUUCACAUUUACGAUCCGAUGCACCGGCGACAGAACGAUACGAUUCUCGCUUUGGGCGAGUCAGGAUGCCUGAGGAGAGCAUCCAUGAACCUCAGCCUGUACAACAUCAAAUUUGGGCCCUGGCUGAAGGGUGGCUGGUUCCGUCAGUUGCAAGAAACAGGGGAGAAGUUGAGGCAGAUGCAGCCCAACGACCCCCUCCUCAUGCACUUCUGGCCAGAAAUCCUCAAGGACAGAGCCUUCCUGUUGGAGGACUCUCAGGAAGGCCGGAAGUUGUUCUUGGCCACAUUGAGGAGCCAGCAAUUCCUGACAAGCAAGGGUCCCAAAGCAUCCCUGAGCAAGUUCAAUGCUUUUAGCGAGGCCCACCGACUCCUUGACGAGCAUUGGUCAUCGCAGGCGUUCGUGAUGACGGCGACAUGCUUGCUUCAGGGCUGGGUCUCCUAUGCAGAUCAACUGUGGUGCCCAGAGGAGUGCAUUGGUCAGCUUGGUGAAGCAUCGACCAGCAGAAAUACUGCAAAAAAGGAGGCCAAGGCUGCCCUGGACAAGAUGCGAAAUGCAUCUGUGAACAGCCUGCACAGCAUGACCAAGUACAUCAACGAUGCCGAGGUGAAGCUGGAGAGCCGUCUCAUUGCUGCAGUUCUCGCACCCGAGUCCAAGGCAGCUGCACAGAUGCUGGUGGACAUGCGGGGGCCCGAGCAGACCCUGGCUUACUUUGUGUCCUGGGCCGAAGGUGGCUGGCUUGAGACAGCCUGCGAGCAUCUGGGACUGCUUGAGGACCUGGCAAGCUUGAACAGAAUCGGCUUCCACAUGCAGUGGACAGAGGUGCCCGGCGAAGGACAGCUGGAGUACGAGAGGGCCACCACCGAGAACCUGUUUUCCUUCCUCAAGAGCCUCCUGAAGUAUAGAGCCGGGAGUAACCUGUGGCACACUUGCGGACAGGGGGCCUGUGCCGGCUUGCUUUCAGACGAACCGGCCUUGCUCCAGUCGAGGCUUCUGUGGUUCAAGGAGAUUUGCGAAGCUGAAGAAGAGGUCAAACAGACAGGGAACCUGGCUGCACAAAACUUGCUGAAAGACAGCAUGCUUCAGGAGAUUUUUCAGCAAAACGUGAUUCGAUUCCUUAAAGAGGAAGGUUUUGCCAGGGUUGCUCCGAAACUGGAGGAAGUCCUUCAAGCUACUUUCUCCUCCUUGCUCAACACGAAAUUGGUUGAAGAUGCGAACAAGUUUCAGCGUGAAAAAGAAGACCGAGGAAACAACUCCAAGACAGUUUCCAUGGCUGAGGCUUGGCACACCGUUUCGCAGCACAAAGUGCUGGAGUCCUACAGCAGAGAGGAAGUAAGGGCAAGCAAGAACUGGAGGGUUCCGGCAAGCUGGAGCAUUGAGGACAUCUGCAGGGAAAAUGUCCGACGAACAGAGAACAAGACUAUGGCUGAGAAAGCCGACUUCGACUUCCUGAGCCGGGUGACAGGGCAAGUCUCCUGGCCAUCCUUUACUCCCGAGACAGAGCAGAGGCUGAUUUGCAACCUGGCCCUGCUGGUGCACAUCCACAAGUUGGGCAAGAAGUGGGACAUGGCCGAGAAAGCGUGGCUGUCAGGCCUGGUGCAAACAGGCUCUGUGCUGCAAUGGCAGGAGAAGCCGCACUAUGUCGUCCGAACAUAUCCCCAGGGCUUGCUUUUGUGGCCCCUGCUGGAGACAGGAGACAACAGGCUCGUGUUUCAGAAGCCCUUAAAGAAGCUGGUUUGGGGCUUCGUUUUUUCCUUGGAGAAGUGCAAGAUACAGCUGCUGACACCCUGUGCUCCCAUGGAGGCCGUGCGAGGGCAAAAAGCGGGCAUUCAACUGGUGGGAGGAGCCUGGCAGCCGCUGCUGCAGAAUCUCAUGGACAGUGGCUUCAAAGGCAUGAAUGAGUCCCAGUUGAAGAAGCUGAAUUGUCUGUUGGGGCACGAGGAGCCAGAGGCCCAGCAAGAGAACCAGGAAGUCGCACUGGCUGUGCACUUGCUGGUCAACGAGGAUCCCACAUUGACCGAAAAAGAUGUCCUGGAUAGAAUUGAAGUUCGCAACACAGAGCGUGAUUUCCCUGUGGAAGGCAUGACAGAAGAGCUGGCCGAUGUCAUCAAGGACACUCUUCGAGUCCAGGACCAGGAGAAGAUCAUCAACAACCUGAAGAAAAAGGCAGCUGCACCGAGCAAGGUGGCCGAGUGGGCCAAGGCAAGCUAUCAGAAGUCGUACGACAAGAUUCCCAUGGAGAAGGUGCAAGCUGCUAUCUUGCAGAAGCAAAAAAAAGAAAAGGAAUCGACACAGAGGAAGGGGUCCAAGCGAAAGGAAGUGGAGAACAGCGAAGUCGAAAAGAAGACCCAGAUCAGAAAGUAUGCGAAGAGGGACCAGGACGUCGACAAGCAGCUGCACCUGCACCUGCCCCCGGACGUCGCUUGUGACACGGACGACGACAAUGGUCGUUGGAGAUUGACACACAAGCUCAAGGGAGCCAAGCGGCAGAAGAGUCUCAGCUGGACCAUGGCCGGCCACAGUCAAGCUGCAGCAGCUGCACUGUUGCAGGCGUUCAAAUGGCACAAGGAACAAACCGGAGAAGACAUGCCUGUGAAGACACAGAAGCUCGUCGAUAAGUGGCAGAAUGUUUCUACCUCGGCAAGCAGACCUCAGAGCUCGUUGGUGGCGCCUGAACUCAGCAGCUCCUCCAAAUCAAGAGCCCCGUAG